CAGUUUCCCGCGCCUGCCAUCGUCCCUGGUGAGAUUCCCCCGAAUGUCGACCCGCGAUCCCUCCACGAUCUAGCUUGCUCCGGUCCGUCCUCAGAUGAACCGAAAUCCCUCUGCUUCUUGUCUAUGAACAUUCGCCAUGCCUGAAGCCGUCGCCACGCCCCAGAAGCGGGUUCUGGGUGAUGCAACAAACCAUAACCCCCGCGGCGCCGUGAAGGAUACCAAUGCCCUCAAGAAGCGCAAGAUCGACAAUGCGGCCUCCAGUAGCCAGCGUCGAGUCCCUGGGUCGGGCCAGCCCCAGAAGAGUCAGUUCGAGGAGGAAGUGUUGGAGAAAUUGACUCAGGACAUCAACGAGUUGAAGGAUAGCAAUUCCGAGAAGGAUCAACAAUGGGAACGACCGCCCCUUGGGGUAUUCGACCCAGCGAAGGAGAAUAUCUGUUUCCAGCAGAUUGACGCCGAAGAGGGACAGAUCAUGGGCAAGGCUGCUGUUCGACUGUUCGGUGUCACCGAGGCAGGUCAAUCCGUCCUCCUCCAUGUUACCGGCUUCCAACAUUACCUCUACAUUGCUGCCCCUGUGAAUUUCACCAAAGAAGAUUGCGAACCCUACCGAGGCUUUUUGGAAAGCCGACUCGGCCAGUACCAGCCUGUGAUCCAGUCGGUCCAGAUAACGAUGCGAGAAAACAUCUACGGAUUCCAGGGCAACCAGAAAAGCUACUACCUCAAGAUUACGGUCACAGAUCCCAAAUUCAUCAGCAAGGUCCGGGGCGCAUUGGAGAGUGGCGGCGCCCAAAGUCUGAACUACAAGGGUCUCUGGAAUAACUCGGAUGCCGGGAUUCUCACAUUCGACAGCAUCCAAUAUCUCCUCCGAUUCAUGAUCGAUACGGGCAUCUCGGGCAUGUCCUGGGUGGAAGCCAAGGCGGGGAAAUACCGCCUGUUACAGAACCAGGAGAAGGCGUCGAACUGUCAGAUCGAGGCCAGUAUCGACUACCGCGACCUCAUUUCCCAUGCACCCAACGGGGAAUGGGCCAAGAUGGCCCCGCUCCGCAUCUUGUCUUUCGAUAUCGAGUGCGCCGGGCGUAAGGGCAUCUUCCCCGAACCGAAUCAGGAUCCAGUCAUUCAAAUCGCCAAUGUUGUGACUCGAUACGGAGAGUCCAAGCCGUUCAUCCGAAACGUUUUUGUUUUGGAUACAUGCAGUCUGAUCGUCAACACCCAGAUUCUAGAAUUCCAGGACGAAUCGAAGAUGCUCAUGGCGUGGCGUGAUUUUGUGGCAAAGGUCGAUCCGGAUGUCAUCAUCGGUUACAACAUUGCCAAUUUCGAUUUCCCGUAUCUUCUGGACCGCGCUAAGCAUCUGAAAUGCACGGGGUUUCCAUACUGGACCAGAUUGAAUGGUAUGAUGUCGCAGAGCAAAGAAACCAGUUUCUCUAGCAAACAAAUGGGAAAUCGUGACACCAAGUCCACAAACACCAACGGUCGCAUUCAACUUGAUCUGCUCCAGUUGGUGCAGCGAGACUACCACCUGCGAAGUUAUACCCUGAACUCGGUUUCUUACGAAUUCCUGGGCGAACAGAAGGAGGAUGUCCAUCACACGAUGAUCACGGAGCUGUACAACGGGACACCCGAUUCUAGGCGUCGUUUAGCUGUCUACUGUUUGAAGGAUGCAUAUCUGCCGCAGCGACUCAUGGAUAAGCUGAUGUGUCUGGUUAACUACACCGAGAUGGCAAGAGUGACGGGUGUGCCUUUCAACUUUUUGUUGUCGCGAGGCCAGCAAGUCAAAUUCAUCAGUCAGCUGUUCCGCAAGGCUCUAGAGCAACAACUAGUGAUCCCGAACAUGAAAUCCACCGACGAACAAGACUACGAAGGUGCAACGGUUAUCGAGCCGAUCAGGGGCUACUACGGCGUCCCGAUCGCCACACUCGAUUUCGCAUCGCUAUACCCUUCAAUUAUUCAGGCCCAUAACUUGUGCUACACGACCCUGCUCAACAAGAACAGUGUCGAGAGGCUGAAGCUCAAGAAGGACGAGGAUUACAUUGUGACGCCAAAUGGCGACAUGUUCUGUACCGCCAAUGUCCGCAAAGGCCUGCUGUCACAGAUUCUGGAAGAACUUCUCAGCGCCCGAAAACGGGCGAAGAAGGAGCUCGCCAUUGAGACGGAUCCGUUCAAGAAGGCUGUCUUGAACGGAAGACAGCUUGCUUUGAAGAUCAGUGCCAACAGUGUUUACGGUCUCACAGGUGCGACCGUUGGAAAGCUACCCUGCUUGCCUAUCGCAAGUAGUACGACCAGUUAUGGACGACAGAUGAUCGAGAAGACCAAACAGGAAGUAGAAGCCAGAUAUACCAUUGCCAACGGAUAUUCCCAUGAUGCCAAGGUCAUCUACGGUGAUACUGACUCGGUCAUGGUCAAGUUUGGUGUUACCGAUUUGGAGGAGGCUAUGAAGCUUGGACAAGAGGCUUCUGAGUACGUCUCAUCGAAGUUCUUGAAGCCGAUCAAACUCGAGUUCGAGAAGGUGUACUUCCCCUACCUUCUCAUCAACAAGAAGCGAUACGCCGGUCUAUAUUGGACGAACCCGAAGAAAUACGACAAGAUGGACACCAAAGGUAUCGAGACCGUCCGUCGCGAUAACUGCCUGCUGGUCCAGAACGUUAUCGAGACCGUCUUGCAGAGAAUCCUGAUUGACCGAGACAUUGAAGGAGCACAAGACUAUGUCAAAGAUACCAUUUCCGACCUGCUGCAGAACAAAAUCGACAUGUCGAAACUUGUGAUCACCAAGGCCCUUUCCAAGGAGGCCUAUAGCGCCAAGCAGGCACACGUCGAGCUUGCCGAGCGUAUGAGGAAGCGUGACGCCGGUUCGGCUCCCACGCUGGGCGACCGUGUGGCGUAUGUCAUUGUCAAAGGUGCCGGAGGAUCCAAGAACUACGAACGGUCCGAGGAUCCCAUCUAUGUUCUGGAGAACAACAUCCCCAUUGAUACCAAAUACUACCUCGACAACCAACUUGCCAACCCUCUCGGUCGUAUCUUCGAGCCCAUUCUCGGCGAGAAGAAAGCCAGCCAGCUGCUCACGGGUGAACACACCCGUUCCAUUGCCGUGGCGGCCCCGACCAUGGGUGGACUGAUGAAGUUCGCCAAGAAGACGCAAACCUGCCUGGGAUGCAAGAAGCCCUUGUCCGGAAAAGAAGAGGCCGAAGGAGCCGUGUGUGCCUACUGCCGUCCUCGCCUCGGAGAGCUCUACACCAAGUCCUUGACCAAAGUAUCCGACCUAGAGGUCCGCUUCGGUCGACUCUGGACGCAAUGUCAACGAUGCCAGGGCAGUUUACAUUGCGAAGUCAUCUGCUCUUCCCGGGACUGUCCGAUCUUCUACAUGCGGAUGAAAGCGAAGAAAGACGUAGAGGAUGCGCAAAAAGAACUGUCUCGAUUUGAUUUUGACGCUGGUGCAUGGUAACGACUUGAUAUCUUGGGUAUGAUCUAGCAGUUUGUAUUUGUACGUGGGUGAUGCUUGGGUUUGUCUGAUGGCGUCUUGGGCGAUUGCAGGAGUCGAAUUGAAUGAUAUUAGCAGUUUCUGUAAGGAUAAUCCAACUUACUU